AUGCCGACACAUGCCGGCGACCUACCACCCGCAGCGCUUGAACUGGCAGGCAAACUAUUCGAUUUUGCAAGACAAGGCAAGACGGAUGAGUUGGCACAAUACGUCAGCGCUGGCAUUCCACCAAACCUUACAAAUCACAAAGGCGACACAUUGCUCAUGCUAGCAGCUUACCAUGGCCAUGCCGAAACCACCAAAAUGUUGCUAGACAAAGGCGCGGACCCGAAUGUAUUGAAUGACAGAGGCCAGAGUCCUAUUGCUGGUGCUGUAUUCAAGGGCUCGGACGACGUGGUCAGACUUUUGUUUGAGAGAAAGGCAGAUGUGUAUGCGGGACAACCUAAUGCGGUGGACAGCGCGCACAUGUUCAGGAAGGAAGAUUACCUCACGCUAUUCGGUGUGGCACAGCAAUAA